UUCGUCGCAGAGCUCAAGCAGCAGUGCAGUGUAGUGGUGUGUGAAAAGCGUACGAGCAGGGGAGAGAUAUCGAUGGGGAGGAGUAGGGCAACUGCCAAGUGUUUGUAUGCGAUAGGGUUGGUGCUGAUGGCCGUCCUGCUGGCCACCGUGGGUGUUGCUCAAGGUCGCCGCCUUGAGAAUGAGCGCUUGCUUGGUGGCGCCGGGGUUGGAGGAGGCUUUGGUGGUGGGUUUGGAGGAGGUAAAGGUGGUGGGUUUGGUGGAGGCCUCGGCGGUGGUGCUGGCGGUGGAUUCGGUGGCGGUGCUGGGGGUGGAUUCGGGGGUGGUAAAGGUGGUGGACUUGGCGGAGGAGCUGGCGGUGGUGUUGGAGGAGGAGCUGGCGCCGGUGGUGGACUUGGUGGAGGAGCUGGCGCCGGUGGUGGAUUUGGAGGUGGUAAAGGCGGCGGCGGAGGCCUUGGUGGAGGCGCCGGUGGUGGACUUGGUGGAGGCGCCGGUGGUGGACUUGGUGGAGGAGCUGGUGCCGGUGGUGGUGGAGGAUUUGGAGGAGGUAAAGGUGGAGGAGGAGGGCUUGGCGGUGGCGCCGGUGGUGGCCUUGGGGGAGGCAAAGGUGGUGGGUUCGGUGGUGGAGCGGGAGGCGGAGCUGGCGGUGGUCUUGGAGGAGGAGCUGGCGGAGGUGUAGGUGGUGGAGCGGGAGGCGGAGCUGGCGGAGGAGCAGGUGGUGGUGCCGGUGGCGGAGUAGGUGGUGGAGCGGGAGGCGGAGCUGGCGGUGGUCUUGGAGGAGGAGUAGGUGGUGGUGAAGGAGGCGGAGCUGGCGGAGGAGUGGGUGGUGGUGCCGGAGGAGGACUAGGUGGUGGAGCGGGAGGCGGAGCUGGUGGAGGAGUAGGAGGUGGUGCCGGAGGAGGACUAGGUGGUGGAGCGGGAGGCGGAGCUGGCGGUGGUCUUGGAGGAGGAGUAGGUGGCGGUGCCGGAGGGGGACUUGGUGGUGGAGCUGGAGGUGGCGGAGGCUUUGGAGGUGGUGUCGGUGGCGGAGGGGGCUUUGGAGGAGGAGCAGGAGGAGGAGGUGGAAUAGGCGGUGGCAUCGGCGGCGGCGGCGGCGGCGGCGGCGGUGUUGGCAUCGGCGGCGGCGGUUUCUAACUCUCUAGCAAACAGUAGGUUGCAUGCUAAAGACCUAUAAUUAAAUACGUGUCCUAGUUUUGGGCAACGAAAUGUAUGCCUUCGCCGCGUAUGUACUGGGAAUUAAUAGAAUCCUCAAUAAACUCUGUUUACGUUA